AUUCUCAUCAAUCUCUUGGCGCCUUUUGAAAAUAACGACAACAUGAUAAAGAAUUAAGAAAAGUUUGAAUUUCUAAAAUCAACUCGUGUUUUGAAAUUUCUUUCAUUAAUUCAAAAGAUAAUAUUCACUUAUUCAGUUUUGCAGAAAAUUUUGCCUGAUUUCUUACCAGUGGCCAUCAACUCUUCGAUGUUUCAACUUCAUUGUUGACCUGUGUGAAAUUUAUCUACAAUAUAUUUACAGUUUGUUUUGCUAUCACGAUGACUUCUAAUACAAGAUUGUCAAUUUUGAAACCUGGAAAAUCUAGUAAACAUAGAGAACCACUUCAAGAUGUGAGUCAAAUGUUUCCAAACAACGAUGAAGAAGAAACUACUACUACAGAUAAUCAUAAACGACGCGUUAGUUUUGCCUGUGUGAAUAAAGUAAAAGAAUUCGAAAAAGAAGCGGAAUGUACGACUCUUCACCAAACUCCCGCUUAUGACGAACGAUUUUCAAUUUCUUCAGACUCGUAUCAGUCAUCGAUAUCCGAACACCACAAUAAAUCUACGUUUUUAUCAUUUGGAGAUACAUCGAAAAUAUUGAGUCGCAGUAAAGGAAACGCCGAAAAUAUCGACGUCGUUGAAUUGGGACUUCAUAACGUGAGCAGAGGAGCACCAUCGCCCGGAAAAAUGAGCGCAGGCGAAGCUAGUAUGGAUAUCACCAGUGUAAUUAUGAGAGGUGAAUAUACCGAUUUCGAAUCCAGUACCGAGACAUAUUCCCCUUUGAAUCUUACGAAAGGUCGUCCAUCGAUGCAGUUUAUCGAUAAAUCCGAUAUCAGCGGCGAUAAAGAUAUACUAGACAGUUCCAGUAUGGAAACAACGGAAGCAUUACCGUGUCUGAUGACUGAAACGAUUGUGACGGACUUUGAAUCGUUCAACGAAACCUCGGACGUUUCUGAUGUUUCGGUCGUUGAAAUGGAAAUUGACGAAGAGAAAUCCAGCCGAUUAUCGAUGAUGCCAGAAAAAGUUCUCCAUAUUCGCGAAAGUACCACUUACGUGACCGAGAAGAAUAUUCGUGUCUCUAUCGAUAACAGAUCUACUAUUAGAAAUGAUUCGGCAAUGUCUUUAGAAAAUGACAUUAUUCGUAAAAACAUUUCUAACAGAUCUACUAUUAGAAAUGAUUCGGCAAUGUCUUUAGAAAAUGACAUUAUUCGUAAAGACAUUUCUAACAGAUCUACUAUUAGAAAUGAUUCGGCAAUGUCUUUAGAAAAUGACAUUAUUCGAAAAGACAUUUCUGACGUAGAGAUAACAGUCGAUCAAAAGAAAAAUAGUCGUCGAUCCAUGGUACCAGAAAAGGUUUUACAUGUACGCAAAAGUACCACUUUUGUAGUAGAGAAAGAUAUUCAGUACUCUGUCGAAGCGUUCGAUGAUGAAAAACAUUCUCCCGAAAAAUCCACCGUCGAAGUUGAUUUGGAAAUUUCCCAAGAAGAUGAAAUGACUCGAAAAGAUAUUUCAGACGUAGAAAUGGGAAUUGACGAAGAGGAAGAAAGUCGUCCGUCUAUGGCGCCGGAAAAAGUUCUACAAGUGCGUGGAAAUGCCACGUAUGUUCAAGACGAAGAUAUCCAGCACCCUAUCAAAGAACUCGUCGAUGUCGAGAAUUCGCCCAAAGAACCGAUUGAAACUGAGCCAGAAAUUUCCCGGAGAAGUGAAAUAAUUACAAAAGAUGAUUCUGUCGUAGAAGAGGUAAUCGAUGAACAAAAAGAUAAUCGUCCAUCUACGAUACCUGAAAAUGUUUUAGAAAACACCAAUUUGGUUCCGGAAAAAGAUAUCCCGGUCUCUGUCGAUGUGUCUUAUAAUAACGAAAAUGCUCCCGAAACACUCGACGUUGAAGCUGAUUUAGAAAUUUCCCAGAAAAUUGAAUCGAUUUCAAAAGACGUUUCUGACAUAGAAAUGAAAAUUGAUGAACAGAUGAACUGCUCGUCAUCUAUAGCACAAGAAGAAAUUUCCCAAGUCUGUAAAAAUAUCACUUUGGGUCCAGAAGAAGGUGUAAAAUUCAGUGUCGAUGAAAUCAGCGGUAUUGCAAGUCCUCCGAAGAUAUCCGUCCCCGAAACCGACUUGGAGAUUUCUCAGCAAAUUGAAACGAUUCAAACAGAUAUUUCAAUGAUAGAAAUCGAAACUAAUGAAGAGAAAAGUGUUUGUGCAGCAGUGCUGCCAGAAAACAUUCUACCUGCGUGUGAAAAUACCGAUUCAGUGCCAGAAAAAGAUAUCACCACUAUCGAUGCGUUCAGUGAUGCCGAAAAGUCUCCCGUAAGACUGAAUAUUGAAAAUGAACCAGAAAUCUGUCAGAAAAAUGAAUCAAUCCAGAAAGAAGAUUCUGUCAUAGAAAUGGAAAUCAAUGAAAGGAAAAGCUGUCUGCUAUCUACGAUGCCUGAAAAAGUUCUUCAAAUCGGCGAAAGUAUUACCUUAGCUGCAGAAAAAGAUAUCCAGUCAUCAUUUGAAAAUCCUUCAAAAAGACGCAGUACUGAAAUCGACUGUGAAAUCACCCAAAAGAGUAAAAUGUUCCGAAAAGAUGUCCCCGAAGUACAAACAGCUGUUGAAGAGGAGAAAAAUCACCCACAAUCUACGGUGCAAGAAAAAAUUCCCCAGAUCCGUGAAAGCAUCGCUUUGAUAUCGGAAAGAGAAAUCCAGAUGUCUGACGAUACAUUCGGUGAUAUCAGAAAUUCUCCCAAAAGACCAAACACCAUAACUGAUUUGGAAAUUUCCCGUAAUAAUGAAAUUGUUCGAAACCAAGUUGAAAAGACGCUUCAAAGCGGAGAAAUUCCGUAUUGGAACGUCGUUUCGAUGACAGAUUCGAAGUGGGAUUUCGAAGCUCUGUGGAGUCGUUUGCACUUGAUUGUUAUGUUACCUAAGAAUGAAACAAAGUAUUCCGCCAAGUUGAGCUUCGUGAAAAAAGGUUCAGGAAUUGGUGACGAAAUAUUGAAAAUAGCCAUCGCACCGAUUAUACGUAAAUACAGAAAGAAGAUGGAUGAACUAUGCGGUAGAGUCGAAGAUGUUAUAAUUUUCAUGAAAAUGACAUUACCUCAUAUCAAAUUCGCCGAAAAUUUUGCCAAUGAUUUCAGUAAAGUUGUAGAAUACGAAAGUAUCUCGCUGGAUAACGGAUUUGCAUCAUUCGCCGUUGCUCACUUUGAACGCAACUUUGAUAAAAAUAUACUCGCCACAAUAACGGUAGAUAUGCGAAAUAUAGAAGAAUUUUCUGAUUCUUCCAUCCAAGUUAAACAGAAAGUUGGAAAUCUAGACGAAGUCCACGUUCGUAAGAUUUUCUUCAAAGCACGCGGAGAUUUUAAUUUCUUUUCCAAAUUCGUGAAGGAAUUGAAUCGCGAAUUAGAUAAACAGGAGGUCAGAAGUUCAAGACGAGCAUUACUGAAAUCUUGAAUCGAGCUCAUUGUUAUAAAAUGAAUUACCUGUUUUGUAUUUUAAUCUCACAUGUAUAGAAAUGAUACUCUGUUUGCCGAUUGUUCAAACAAUUAUUUUUAAGUCAAUUUUUACUUUUUUUUAAAAAAUUAUUAUUAAAUUAAAUUAUUAAUUUUUAAGCGUGUAAUCUACUUCAAUUUCUUCUUCCUCUUUUUUCAGUUUUAAAUAUAUUGAAAUUGUAAAAUUUUUCGACAAAUGA